AUGCCCCAAAACUCAAACCAAAGCCAGCAGGCUUCCUUCUCGGCGCUCUACCUGCAGAGAGCCACACAAGAGCUCUCGGAGGACCUGGAUAAAAUUCGCAACGCCGAUGACUUCAAGGUCGAAUCCGUGCCGUUUCUUGUGCACGCGCUGCAGCAGGGCGCCCAGCAGUUCUCUGCCUCGCAGCAAAAUGCAGUCCUCAAGACCUCCGAGAACCGCCAAGGCUGA